CAAUGUAAUUUAGCUUAUUAACUUCUUGUUGUUGUUGCUGCUGUUGUGUUUAUUUGUGUUGUUAUGUUAUGUUUUAUUGUUAUCAAACACAUUUGUAUUUUGAUGGACCGUGCCUCAGGUUGAUGAAUGGCAUUUAAAAUGACGUAACGCUAAAUUUCAAACAAAACAAGCAGACAUGUACUUUAUAGUAUUAUUUUUUUUGUACUAUUAUAGUUAAAUCCUUUUACGUACGAGCCUGUAAGACCUUAAACCAUUUAAUCCAAUUUUUGUUUUCAUAUCUGCAUGACUACGCUUACGACAUUUUACAUUUACAUUUAUUCAUUUAGCAGACGCUUUUAUCCAAAGCGACUUACAAAUGAGGAAAUACAAGCAAAGCGAUAUAUCAAGCAGAGAACAAUACAAGUAAUGCUACCAUACAAGAUCUUUUAAUUGAGUUCUAGAAAAUCAAAGUGGGCAGAGUAGAGGUAUAAGAGCUAGAGUAGGGUUUUUUGUUUAUUUAAGGAUAAUGUGGGGUUGGCAUUUUAGGGGUUAGUUAGGUGUUCAUGGAAGAGAUGGGUCUUUAUCUGUUUUUUGAAGAUAGUGACAGACUCUGUGGUCCAGAUUGAGGUUGGGAGUUCAUUACGCCACUGAGGAACAGUUAGUGUGAAGUGUGCACUACUGUGCAUAUUACCCCUUGGACAGCCGAACGGCUCAAACGGUGACUUUUCAAUACAUUUUCAAAUGUUUGUUUUGAAAAAAUUUAAAAUACGUUUUGUUAACAUCAGUAACAACAAAGUGUUCAGGACAGUUUGCUUUUGCGGUUUCUCUAAAAUGACAAAGACCUUUCUUUUGUCUUUUUCUUUUUUAAACUUAUUCAAGGAAGAGAAAAAAAGAGAGACUGGUGAGUGGGUGACUUUUAUUGCGGCUAUAAAGUACCGUAAGUGAUAACAUUAACUAAGCUGUCUCACGGACAUUCCAAAUUAACAUAACUGUAUGGGAUGUCAUUGUUUUUUUUUUGUUUGUUUUUUUUUUAAAUACAGUUAUUGUGGUAUAAGAGGAAUAUGGGACAUGGGACAUGCUGUUAUAGGAAAGUAAUCAAUUUUGGGAUUAGUAUCGGGCAUCAGGCCUCAUCACACUACACCAUCGUUGAUUAUUUUCCUCUAACAGCAUGUUUUAUAUGUUUUAUUUCUUAUGUAGAACUUCUAAUCAACAAUUAAGUGAAUAAAUAAAACAAAAGUACUUUUUUUCUUUCUUUUAGAAAUUCACAAAGCCAAAUCAAAAUUGGUUCAGCUUUUUAUGCAGAACACAGAAGAACAUUUCAUACAGAUACAGCGGUACAGUACAGACACAUUAGAACUACUGUACAGUUGCAAUCAAAAUUAUUCAAUCCCCACUGCAAAUCAGGUUUAUUGGACAGGACAUUGAUCCCAAGCAUACCUCAAAUUCCACCAAGGCUUUGUUGAAGAAGUCCUAGAAGAUUCUACAGGGCCAUCCCAGUCACUUGACUUAAACCCCAUCGAAAAUCUCUGGUGGGAUUUGAAGAAGGCGGUUGCAGCACGCAAACCCAAGAAUAUUACUGAACUGGAGGCCGUUGCUCAUGAGGAAUGGGCUAAGAUUCCUCAGGAACGCUGCCAGAAGCUAUGCAUCUCAUUUGCAGCAGGUCAUAACAGCAAAAGGUGCUCUACUAAGUACUAAAGAUGCUUGCCAUGAAGGGGUUGAAUAAUUUUGAUACUGGAGAAAUCAUUAUAAGUUGCAUUUUCAGUUGAAUUUAGGGAAACCACUUGAAGCAUUCAUUGUGUUUAACUAUUUCAGUUGCUUUUGUUUGAUUUGUUCAUUGCAAACAGCUGAAAGUCUGUCAGUUUUGACAAUAAACCUGAUUUGCACUGGGGCUUGAAUCAUUUUGAUUGCAACUGUAUGUAAUACUGUCUCAUACAGUCCCCUUCAGAACUAUCGGAGCUACAAAUUGGGUCGUCUGAUACAAAAUGUGCUAUCUUCUAUGGCGUUUAACACAUUUGCAUGUUCUUACCAGGAAAUAAAAGCUGAAAGUCUAAAUGAAACCCUCUUCUCAUAUUCAUCUUUUGAUCUCAAACCCAAAUGUUUUCAGUCUACAGCAAAAACAACUGAAUUGGCCUUGCCGUUCCGAUAGUUUCGGAUGGGACUGUAUAGAUUAAUAUGUCUGAAUGCCUUUUUUUUCCCCCCUUUUGUUCUUUUUCAUAGGUUCGACCACCAUGACAGCGAGUACAGAAAACCAUCUUUGGUCCACUGAAGAUAUUCUCGGUCAGGGAGCGACCGCGAGUGUCUACAGAGCCCGAACCAAAAAAACAAGUGAAGUGGUUGCAGUGAAGGUGUUCAACAUGGCCAGCUACAGCAGACCGUACGAGGUACAGAUGAGGGAGUUUGAGAUGCUGCGGAGGCUGAAUCACGUCAACAUCGUCAAACUCUUCACCAUAGAGGAGAUGCAGGCAAACCCCAAACAGAAAGUUUUAGUAAUGGAGUAUUGUUCAGGGGGAAGUCUUUUGAAUCUUCUAGAGGAACCUGAAAAUGCGUUUGGCCUGCCCGAAUCUGAAUUCCUUAUAGUGUUGCGGUGUGUAGUUCACGGGAUGAACCAUUUGCGUGAGAACGGGGUGGUCCACCGAGACAUCAAGCCAGGUAACAUUAUGAGGCAGGUGGGGGAGGACGGAUGCUCAGUCUACAAACUCACAGACUUCGGCGCUGCUCGGGAACUGGAGGAUGACGAGAAGUUUGUGUCGAUCUAUGGCACGGAGGAGUACUUGCACCCCGACAUGUAUGAGCGUGCAGUUCUGAGGAAGCCCCAGCAGAAGACCUUCGGAGUGACCGUGGAUCUGUGGAGCAUUGGUGUAACUUUCUACCACGCUGCAAGCGGCAGCCUGCCUUUCAUACCGUACGGAGGACCACGCAGGAACAAACAGAUAAUGUAUAAGAUCACCACUGAAAAGCCAGAGGGGGCUAUCGCAGGGGUUCAGAAAGUUGACAAUGGACCCAUAGAGUGGAGCUAUCAUCUUCCCCACUGCUGCCAGCUUUCAGAAGGGCUGAAAAUGCACCUGGUUCCAGUGCUGGCCAACAUCCUGGAGGCCAAUCAGGAGAAAUGCUGGGGGUUUGACCAGUUCUUCACUGCUACCAUGGACAUCCUCCAACGUGUGAAAGUGCACGUCUUCUCACUUCAGCAAGCCACCCCCCACACCAUCUACAUCCAGUUUUACAAAACCAUGCCAGUCUUGUUUGAAGAAGUCCAGGCUCAGACAGGGAUUGGAGCAGAAAUGCAGCAGUAUCUGUUCCAGGGUCACCCACUCAUCCUGGAUCCCAGCAUGAAAGUGAUCAACCUGCCGCCCACCUCUGCAGAGCGACCCAUCUUUCUGCUCAGCAGACGAGCCGAGAAAAUCGCAGUACUGCCUCCCAGAGAGCCCGAGACCCCAGUUUUCCCCUCGAGGUUUGAUGUCAUGGCCGACCACACUUUCUCAAAGACCCUAGUCGGGGUGAUCCACCAAUUUCUCCGGACAACGCGGCUCCUACACAAGCACAGAGACCUGAUUCUGCAGGGAUUCUAUAGUCAUAUUGAAAGUGUUCGUAUUGAAUGCAAUAACACAGCACACAAAAUCGCCAUGGUGAAUAUGAAGCUGCUGUCCUGCCUGAACACAGAAGAAACACUAGACGCAAUAAGCCAGGUUCCACUUGAUGUACCACUUUCCUCUGACAACAUGCAGAAACUCAGAUUGAUCCAUGAGAAACUACCUAUGUACGGCAGCAGCAUCAGAGAAAUCCAGAACAAACUGCAGCAUCUGCAUGUGGAAGUAGCUGGGCACUGCAAGACACUGACUCAGGACAAAUGCAUACAGAAGAUGGAGGUGCUUCUUGAGAAGAUUGUGGCUGUACAUCGGCAGUUUCGCAAAGACAGACAAAUUGGCAAGCUCAACUACAAUGACGAGCAGAUUCACAAGUUUGAAAAGAUUAACCUGUCAGCCCACAUUAAGAAGGUGAAGGCUCUGUUUCGAGAUAACUGCCUGCAGAGGUAUCAGGAGGUUUUGGCUUCCGUGGUAGCGUGGAGCAGUGAACUAUCUGACAUUCAGUCAAAGUUAGAACACUUCAGCAGUUUCUUCUUACAGCUAAUAGGGGAUCUGCAGACGUGUGAAGGACAGCAGACAAAGGUUUUAGACAGAGCGUUGGUCAUAGCACUUCAGAGACCAGCUGGAGCAGAGGCCAAUGAUGGAAUGAAGAAUCGAGACAAUAUGAUUCUUAGGAUGAAGAGACUAAGGGACGAGAUGGAAACAGUGGCUCGAGAGCUGCAAAAUAACAACCUUAUAAUAGAAAGUCUCAGAGCUUUCAACUCUACGCUGGUGCUGGAUCCUAGUUUACCACAGCCGAAAGGAUCAUGACGAUCUUAAAGAGCGCCAUCUAGUGUCCGAUGUAAACAGCCCACAGUCAGAGCCAGAUACAGCCUGGGGAAUGGAGAUGAGCUUGGGAAUGAAGAAACAGGUGACUGAAACAAGACUUUUUCAACCUGUUGUGAGACCGCUGGCUCUCUGUAGAUGCUCGUAUCAAGUUCAAGUUCUUGAUGCUGAUGAGAAACCAAUGAAUCGUUCAUCCAACUAAUUCACCCACCUGUGUUCCACAAUGCUUACCCCAGUCUGCGAGAGGAAAAUCACUGCUGAUACCACCACUGCAUAGUACUUAGUCUAAGACACUAUUAGUCACUUAGUCUCUUGUCACUAUUAGUUCUGUACUGGAAAAAUGAACUGUUCAAGUUUCUUGAGUGCCUACAAGAAACACCUAACUGUUUAUGUGUGUACAUUAUUAUUAUUAUUAUUAUUAUUAUUAUUAUUAUUAUUAUUAUUUUAUUAUUGUUGCCACUCUUGACCAAGGCCCUUAACCCUCUCUGCUCCAGGGUGUUGUAUCAUGGCUGACCCUGUACACUGAUUCCAACUGCCUAACAAGCUGGUAUAUGCAAAGAAAAUCAUUUCACUGUGAAGUAUAUGUAACAAAACAAAAAAGACUUAUAUAAUAAAGAAUCAUUCGUAUUAUUGUUAUUAACCGAUAAUAUGUCUUGUUUCAAACAAGCUAUAUCUUUAAAAGAAAAUACUGCACCUGUUUCACUUCAAAAUACAUCCUGUUACAGAAUUAAACCCCACGUAAACUACUGAAUAUUACAGGCGUUUCUAUUAUAUUUUUAUUAGUGUGUAUUCUUCAGUCUCACUUGAACUUUGCUCAUUUGAAAGUGCUUUGCGAUUAAUGCUUGAAUUCCAACCACAUACUUACUGUGUACUAGCGCGUAAUCAAACCAUUGUACUGUAGUUCCUUCUUAUUCUUAGUGAGUAGGCACUUAUGUCAGCUCCUAGAUGCUUGGAUUAAAUGUCCUUCUCUUGUAAAUAUCUCAAAUAUCUCAAAGUGUCUACCAAAUGAAUAACUGUGAAUGUAAAUGUACAGUAUAUGACCUCAGAAAGUUUCGCCACACCAGCACUUCUGCUGAAUCAUCUAGACCUAAACCAUAUUAAAUAUUGAUGCCUGUGUUAAUCUCACUCUUACAGUGUGCUGAUUAUUGCUCAGGAAUGUAUACCGUAAGAUAUUCGGUACUAAAUCUGUCACAUAUAUUGGUCUAAUGGGUGUUGCUUUGAUAGAUAAGUCUGCAGUGUGGCUCUGUUUAAUUAGUCUCUUGAUCCACAGAGAGGAGUUGUUGAUGCAGGAAGAGGUGUGAACUGUAGAGAUAGGGAAAAGACUUGAUUAGAGUAAAGUGUGCUGUGUUCCCGGUUUUAUAAUGAGAAAACCACAGUACAGUGUUUUGUUCAAAUGAUUUUUCAGUCUAGGGAACACUUUUUAGAUGAUUUCAGUGCUAAGGAUUAUUCCAUCUCAUUAUAAUCAUAAAAAAAAUGUGUUGUUGAAAUUGUUCUAGACAGUAAAUAUUGUUUUUGGGUUGUUGUUUUUUUCAAAAAUAAAAUGAAAUAAAAAUAGCAACAUGCAUCACUUGAAACCGUCAACUGUUCAGCCCACCCAGGUUAUCAGUGGAACAUCUAGUUAACACAAUAGCCAACCUCUACUUGUCAAAACUUAACGAAGAGAAUGAAGCAAAGGGUUAUUUAUAAAGUGAUGAAUGGUGUAUUAUUUAAAAAAUAUAUUGUAUUUUAAUAUAACCUUGGGCUUAUAUACUGAGAAGACACACCAAUAUGAAACAAUGUUUGUUUUGUAAAAGGGAAAGAUACCACUGGCAGGGGAAGUCCUGUGGCUACUGGGGAAACUACAGCAUGGGCAUGACAAACUCACUCAUGCUACGUCCCAAACCGCAAAACAACGUACUAAGGGGUGUCAAAACAGCACGUCACCAGAGGCAUAAUGUCACGACCAUGUUUCAAAUCAUAUUCCUAAACUGUGUGUCAAAAUAGUACUCUACUUAUCAAAAUAAUAAACUUAGCAUCUUGAAAUCUAAUACCCUAGUAAACAAUACACCAAAAUGCUUCUGUAUGCACAUUUAUUUGUUCAGUCCAGCAGCCAAGCCAGAGAUAUAGAGUUGUACAAACACACUAUUUUGACAUAGACAUUCACUGGCACUCUUAGAAAAUGGCUGCCUUUAAGGUUUGCUUGCUUGAUUAAUGGUUCUAGUUACCUAAAGGAAUUCUACUUGUAAGGUUUCCCUAGAGAGGCAAACCAACGAACCAUAUGAGGAAUGGUACAGGCUGAUCAUACAUCUAUAGUCUGUGUUCAAGGGAGAUAUUUUCGAGAGUUACAAAGCCACAAUGUUGCUACUGCUGGAAAGUACA